AUGGCCGAAUUUGAUAUUAAACAAACAUACUUGAAGUUCCUUGAAGAUGAUCCAGAGAUUACCAUGCCUGUUGCGGCAAUAGAGUCCCUCCUUACAUUAUUAAAAGUUAAACAACCGUCGACUUCGUCCGAGUUGAUGAGGCUUCUCUCAGAUGCCACGCGUGAAUUGAAGGCGGGUGUCAACAACAGUGUGUCCUUGAGUGCUGGUUGUGAUUUAUUUACACGAUUUGUAUUGAGAAACACACAUUUAUACAGUGACUGGGAAAGUUGUAGGAAGCAUCUAGUCGAAAAUGGACAAUUAUUUUUACAAAGAGCCAAGGAAAGUAGAGAUAUGAUUGCUAAAAUAGGUCUCAAUCUAAUAAAGGAUGAUGAUACAGUUUUAGUUCAUUCAUAUUCUAGAGUCGUCCUUUCUUUGUUGGCAUACUGCAAAUCUAAAUUUGUUAGAUUCCGGGUGUUUGUUACCGAAGCCAGACCUGGAGGGUCAGAAGAUUAUGUAGGCGGGAAAGUAAUGGCUGAUUCUCUAAAAGAACUUGGUAUUCCUGUAUGCUACAUUCAUGAUUCACAAGUUGGAUUUGUUAUAAAUAAGGUCGAUAAAGUGUUCAUGGGUGCAGAGGGUGUUUCAGAGAGUGGGGGUAUUAUAAAUCAUGUUGGUUCUUAUCAAAUUGGUGUGUUGGCCAAAAAUGCGAAUAAGCCACUAUAUGUUGUUAGUGAGUCUCAUAAGUUCGUUAGAAUGUUUCCCUUAUCAGCAGAUGAUGUUCCUAACAACAAACUUGAGUUCACUACUGAUACAAGUAUUGGGUUGUUGAAUAAUGCAAACACUGAUUUCACGCCCCAUGAGUACAUAACUGCCUUGGUAUCAGAUUUAGGUGUUUUAACGCCCUCUGCUGUGUCUGAAGAAUUAAUCAAAAUGUGGUAUGAUUAG